AUGUGUGUACAUGGCUGUCUCUGUGUCUCCACGUGUGUCCAUGUGUGUCCAUGUGUCUCCACGUGUCUCCACGUGUGUCCACGUGUGUCCACAUGUCUCCACGUGUGUCCACGUGUCUCCACGUGUCUCCACGUGUGUCCACGUGUGUCCACAUGUCUCCACGUGUCUCCAUGUGUCUCCACGUGUCUCCACGUGUGUCCGUGUGUGUCCGUGUGUGUUCAUGUUUCAGUGUCUGUGCCCAUCUGCAGGUCUCAGUUCGCGCUGAAGUUCCUGGACCCCUCGUUUGUCCCCAUCACCAACUCCCUGGGCCAAGAACUGCAGGACAAGCCCUCCAAGUGGGUGUUCAACCGGAGCGCCUUUGCCCAGCAGAGGCAAGAAAUCCUUCAGCAUGUCGACGUCAUCAAAAACUUCUCUCUGACCAAGAGCAGCGUUCGGAUCGGGCAGCUGAUGCACUACGAUUACUCCAGCCAUAAAUACGUUUUCUCCAUCAGCAAUAACUUCAGGUCUCUGCUUCCUGACGUGUCUCCCAUCCUGAACAAGCACUACAACAUCUGUGCCGUGGUGGGCAACAGCGGGAUCCUGACCGGGAGCCAGUGCGGGCAGGAGAUCGAUAAAUCGGAUUUUGUCUUUCGCUGCAAUUUUGCUCCAACCGAGGCUUUCCAGAAAGAUGUUGGACGGAAAACCAACCUCACCACCUUCAACCCCAGCAUCCUGGAGAAGUAUUACAACAACCUCUUGACCAUUCAGGACCGCAACAACUUCUUUUUGAGUUUGAAAAAGCUCGAUGGGGCCAUUCUUUGGAUCCCCGCUUUUUUCUUCCACACGUCGGCGACGGUCACGAGAACACUGGUGGAUUUCUUUGUUGAGCACAGAGGGCAGCUAAAGGUGCAGUUGGCUUGGCCAGGAAAUAUCAUGCAGCACGUUAACAGGUACUGGAGGAACAAGCACCUGUCCCCGAAGCGGCUGAGCACAGGGAUCCUCAUGUACACCCUGGCUUCGGCCAUCUGCGACGAGAUCCACCUGUACGGCUUCUGGCCCUUCGGCUUCGACCCCAACACGCGGGAGGACCUCCCGUACCACUACUACGACAAGAAGGGAACCAAGUUCACCACCAAGUGGCAGGAGUCCCACCAGCUGCCUGCAGAGUUCCAGCUGCUCUACAGGAUGCACGGGGAAGGACUGGCCAAGCUCACCUUGUCGCAUUGUGCCUAAGAACCUAAAUCUUGAAGUGCCAAACAAUUGUCUAAAAAAAAGUGCCCAAAACCAAAUUCAACAUUUCUUCAGAUAGAAUUCUAGAAAGGAAAUAAACCCACCCUAAAAUCUUUUCCAUAAUUUAAAGAUGCUUUUUAGCUACCGCUCACCCAAGGGUUUCAGCGUUUUUAGCGGUGCAGAAGCUUUUAUCACGUUCUGUGGAUGCGAUUUGUGCAGCUGCAAAGUUGAAACAUUUUGCAUUUCUAGAUAAGCCACUCAGUACUUUUCAAUAUCUGUUCCUAUUUUAGCAUUCUACUCAACACCCUAAAUCUCUUCAUUUUAUUGUUCCUUCCCACUAGAGCUAGAAAUGCUACUUUUAAAAGGUUUUGCUUCUUUUGUAUCUGUUGCUGUCAGUAGCUCAGCGUUGCGGUGGCCGACGGAGGAAGCCACUCGGAAUUCCAGCGCAUCGUCACACGCAAGUUCCUCAGUGUGGAGCCUGAUUUCCACCGCUUGGGCAUUUUCCUAUUUACUGGAUUUUACAUUUUUUAAAGAGUAACAAGAAGAAGGUCACAAAGUGGCUCACCCCUUAGCUAGGUGUUUAUAUCACUCUUGGAAUACUUCAGUGUUUUAAUUCCAUUUGGGACAGAUCCCAGUCCAGACUAGACAGGCAGAGGCAGGUUCAUUCCCAUCCAUCUGAUACCACUGUCAUUUGAUUUCAAAGUUCAGCCACACAAGAAAUGGAAUUGGGAUUCUCUGGAGACAUACCGGGUGAGAAAAGCCCCAAACCCCGUCCCUCUGCUUGGGCAGGGACUGGCAGGAUGGGCAGAAAUGGAAACCAGGUGCUGGGAUUUUUAAAUCUGGUUUUUGUAGGGAAGUGAGCAGAGCUGGAGCGCAGGGAAGAGGAAAUGCCAUUACCGAAUUUCCCCGUUGACGUCUCUAACUCACCAGUCAGACAGCUGCAGUAGUGUCCCCGUUUUCCUGUCAGCAGCAGCACUCCCAGGCAGACGGGGCAGGCUCUUCCUUGGCACCACAGGAAAUCCAGCUGUUUGGGGACAGGACAAACAGUAGGGUCACUCACACUUGGGAAGUGUUGGCCAUCAUGUCCCAGGAUAAAGGAGCCUGGGAAAUAGCUGCAUUUCUUAUGAGUAUGCUGGCUUCUUUUACUAUUCUGAGUGACCACUGACCCCACAACGAAAGAAGAUGCAAAAUCCAAUAUUUCAAAUGGCACAUGUUAAUUUUUCCCAGCUUCUUUACCUACGAUCAGACAUAGGAGAAGAGGAAGGAGAUCUCAAGCACAACACCCACCCUGAGGGUCCAGGUGUGUCCUGGUGCCCGCUGUGACACCCCAGCUCUGCGCUGGUCGUUGUGAAGGGCAGGAAUGACUGAUUUCUGAUAUUGUUUCUAUGGAGCUGUACAGCAGCCGUGCUCCUCGCUGGGGUCCGAGGUAAAGCGGUGCCCAGCCACUCCAGUCCUAAUGACAAAGAGCCCACCAGGACAGAAGGGUCGCCCCAAACCCCGAGUGAGCCUUGCUGGCUGGCUGAGUGCCAGAUAUUUUUAUCAGGAGGCAUUUUGCCAGUUUCCUGUAGGGACCCAUCAUCAGCAAAUUAAAGAAAUGAGAGCUAUUGUCAUUAUAUUGGCAUGAAAGCAGGGAGCAGUGCGCUCCAUACAGUUUCUGGAACCUCCCGUGCUCCUGGAGAGGGGCAGAACCCCCUGCCAGCCCCGAGCACAGCCCUGGCAUCACCACCAGAACUUUCCAAAGGCACAAAGAGGCACCAAAUGCAGAGAAGGAAGCACAAAACUGACUGCAAAUAUUUGGAAAUGGGAAUACAGAAAAAUUAUUGACAGAGUGCCAUAUUACAUCAUUGAUUUUUAAGCAAAACUCCCCAUCGAUGCUCCAGACCCACACUGAACAUUUCAGAAUCAUUGAUUUUAAUGGGGAGUUCUGCCCCGCGAUCGAUGGCGCAGCACAGCCCAAAGUAAAUUGCUUCUUAGUAUCAAUAUUUUUUUGCCCAAGCUUGUGCAAGGUGGAAAACCAUCUCCAAGUGCACAGCCUUUGUUUUUCCAGGUGGGGUCUGAGGGAGAGGUGAGGAUGGCAGGGGAUGGAGAAGACAGGGCUGAGGAGGAGGGGCUCUUUGGGGCUGCCUCUCUCCCUCAGAAAUGCCUUUGCAUCAACAAGCAAGUAUCUUAAUUAGUUUUUUAAUUGUUAUUUACAAGGUGCUGGGGGCUGCCCUCCCUGCUCAGGACCCUGCAAGUGGCAUCACCUCAGCUGGGCUCCUCCUUCCCUCUCCUUGGCCCCAAACCUUCCUGCAUGAAUUGCUGAUGGUUCAGGCAGAAUUCUCCUUCCCAUGACUGAAUGUCUAGACAAGCCAACAGAGCUAAUGCAGCGUGAUCAAUACCUGUAAGUACAAAACAUCUGCGGUCCCAAAAUCCAGAGAGCAGCUCCCUCCUUUGGGAGACCCUGCUGGGCCCUGGGCUGCCAGGACAGCAUCCAGGGGCAGCCACAUCCCACACCAGCCCUCUGCCAACAGCACGAGGGGCUGGGGGUGUACAUAGGAUUGGGAAUACGUGUUUCCUCGCUUCUUUUACACAUCGUGGCUCUGUAUUUUUGUUGCUUGCAUCUCCUCGGUGAAUGGUAGCGAGGCACGUGAAAACAGGCAUUUGGCUGCCAGGUUUAAUUGUGGACUAAGCCAAAAAGCCAGAGUUUGUGAAACAGAACUAACUGUGACUGGAGGCUGCAAAAACAGGGCAAAUAGGAAAAAGCAGGUUCUCUGUAAAUGAAUGUGUCUUUAUUUCAAUGGCUCUACAGUUCAAUGCCUGAUGGAGUUGUUUUCGAUAAAAAAAAGAUAAACUUAAAAAAAAAAGAAGAAAAAAAAUGCCAUAAUUGUAAUAAAGGUCUCAUUAUUAAG